ACCAGCACGGGUCCUGGUCCUGAUGGGUGACAGGGUGGCAUAAUGGGCAGCUGCACGUGUGGCUGACCAGCUGCCUCUCCCUGGACACGGUCUGUGCAUAUGCCUUUGAAGCACUAACACUUCUUAAGAUUAUUGGUACAGCAGCUGGAACACGGAGUACAGGGGAGCAAGAGGAUCUUUACAGACUCUCCUUUGCCCUGUGUGCUUGUCAGGUACCUGUUAAAUCCAGCCUCAGGUUGAGACUCUGUAGCCUGGUGAAGGUGGUGUCCAGAGGGGAGUCUCCCCUGAGCAGACUCAUUUUUUAUCACAAGCUACAGAUGGCCCUGUGGGUGUGUGACCUUUGACUGGUCCCUGUGCCCAGGCAAAUUCCUCUUUGACUAAUCAUCAUCAGUAAUUCUUCCCUUAGGCUCACUUCCUGUCCUGAACUGUUUGUAAAUCUGUCCUGCCGUGUCACUGGGGAUGAGAUGUACAGGAGCAGAGGAAGUGAUGCCUACCCAGGAAUUGGGUACCUGGCUUCCUCAAGGGCUCUUGGGUGCCCCUGAAAUGAGAGACGUGAUAAGAUCUUUGUCAUGAGGAAGGGUUUUCUGUCACUCCUUUCCUGUACUUGAGACCUGAUUGCAGCAUCCUGUGCCAUAGGUGUGGUUCUGGAUGAGUCUGCUCCAUCUGAGGUGUGCGUGGUAUGAAAAUACAGAAUGAAUGGCAGCAGGAGGUGAUUCUUAAGUCUGUGACAGUGACAGGCAAUAACUAGAACGUCAGUCUCAGUCUUGCUGUGUCUCGGAAGCUGCUCUGAAUGGUGUGACCUCAGCCCAAGUCCUGCCUUCCAGGUUUCAGAGUGCACUGUCUCUGGCCUCCUGCCACGCUCUCUGCGUUGACACCUCUCCAGUCUGCUGACUUCAGUUGCUCUCCUCCACUGCUGCUGGUGGCCACAUCUGCCAAGAAGCCAACUUGCUGUUUGAAAGCUUUCCAGGGACACAAGCUUCAUUCGUGUCUGUAAUGACCCUUCAGCGUGAGUGGCCAGGGGCCUCCAGAAUUAAACUUGUUCCAGGCGUCAUGCAAGGACCCGUACUGGUGCGCAUGUCCUCGUGGGGAGAACAAUAAUAGCUCCACAUACGGUAGGCUCCUUUGAGUGCCAACUCCCUCGAUCUCCUCCAAUGCAGGCUCAGGGAUGGACUCCACCUUGUCCCUGUGAAGAGACUCUGCAUGCUCUCAGCAGCCAGGAGGGGAUUCUGCUGCCAGAUUCUCCACAAGCUGCCCCACGGCAGGACUUGCUUAGUGGCAGCCUGGGAGGAGAUCCGUUCCUGCAGUCGUGUUGCUGCUGUGCCCACCACCUGCCUGUGGACAAACCAGCGUGUGUGCGCCGUCUGCCCUGAGCUCUUUGGCCUGCACUGUCCGAACUCACCUGAGCUCCUGGCGGACUGUUGGCUUGUUUUCCCAAGUGCUCUCGCUGAUCCUGUGGCAUUCCUUCUUAGUCCCAAAAGGAUGUGAACUUUGGAAUGGGGUCUCUGAGCACGCUGCAGACUCAGUGCAUGUGUGAGAUUGUUGCUGAGUAACAGGAGGACUGAUUCAUUGCUGCGAGCAGCCCUUCUGUCUGGCUGCAGGGCACCAGCCUUGCUUGAGCCCUUCACCAUGUUCAUCCUGCUCCCCUUUGACAGCCUAGUGGUUAAUCUUUUGGGGAUUUCCAUAACUGUCCUCUUCACUCUUCUUCUGGUUUUCAUCAUUGUACCAGCAAUUUUUGGAGUCUCCUUUGGCAUCCGCAAGGUUUACAUGAAAACUUUAUUAAAGAUUUUUCAGUGGGCAACACUGAGAAUAGAGCGUGGUGCCAAGGAGAAGAACCAUCUGUUGUACAAGCCCUACGUCAAUGGUAUCAUUGCAAAGGAGCCAACAUCACUGGAGGAGGAGAUCAAGGAGAUCCGCCGGAGUGGCAGUGGCAAAGCCCUAGACACCCCUGAGUUUGAGCUCUCAGAUAUCUUCUAUUUCUGCCGCAAAGGCAUCGAGACCAUCAUGGAUGAUGAAGUGACCAAGAGGUUCUCAGCUGAAGAGCUGGAGUCCUGGAAUUUGCUCAGCAGGACCAACUACAACUUCCAGUAUAUCAGCCUGCGCCUCACUGUGCUCUGGGGACUUGGUGUGCUCAUCCGCUACUGCUUCCUUCUGCCCCUCAGGAUAGCCCUGGCAUUUACUGGCAUCAGCUUGUUGGUGACUGGUACCACAGUGGUGGGAUAUUUGCCAAAUGGAAGGUGUAAAGAUUUCCUGAGCAAACACGUCCACCUAAUGUGUUACCGGAUCUGCGUGCGUGCCCUCACAGCCAUCAUCACCUACCAUGACCGAGAAAACAGACCUCGGAAUGGAGGCAUCUGUGUGGCCAAUCACACCUCCCCCAUUGAUGUGAUCGUCCUGGCCAGUGAUGGCUACUAUGCGAUGGUGGGUCAGAUCCAUGGAGGGCUCAUGGGUGUGAUACAGAGAGCCAUGGUGAAAGCUUGUCCCCAUGUCUGGUUUGAACGUUCUGAGGUCAAAGAUCGUCAUCUUGUCGCCAGAAGGUGUGACAGUCGCUGGCUGCAGGGGCUCACAGAACAUGUCCAGGACAAAAGCAAACUGCCCAUUCUUAUUUUUCCAGAAGGAACAUGCAUCAACAACACAUCUGUGAUGAUGUUCAAAAAGGGGAGCUUUGAAAUUGGAGCCACAGUUUACCCUGUAGCCAUCAAGUAUGACCCACAGUUUGGAGACGCUUUUUGGAACAGCAGCAAAUAUGGCAUGGUGACCUACCUCCUCAGAAUGAUGACCAGCUGGGCCAUUGUCUGCAGUGUCUGGUACUUGCCCCCAAUGACCAGGCAGCCUGAAGAGGAUGCAGUGCAGUUUGCCAAUCGAGUGAAGUCAGCCAUUGCCAGGCAGGGGGGCCUUGUGGAUCUGCUCUGGGACGGAGGACUGAAAAGGGAGAAGGUGAAAGAUGCGUUCAAGGAGGAGCAACAGAAACUCUACAGCAAAAUGAUUGUAGGCAGCCAUGAAGAUCGGAGCCGCUCCUGAGUUUGCUGCCUCCAGCACCAACAGGGGCUGGCCAAAGCCAAAGCCCACUGCCUCCAGCACCAACCAGGACUUGUCUGGAGCAACUCUGAAUCUUUGGACUUGGGCUACUCCAGAGCUGCUAGGACUCGCUCUUUCAUCCUCUGGCUGUUUUUUCCCAGAGGCACUAUUGCUGCCUGGAGUCUUUAGGCCUUUGGCAGCUUUGGCAAAGAUGCCUUCUUGUUACUGUUACAGUGAAGCUCCUUGCAGGGGCAGUAUUAAAUGAAACUCUUAUGGUGUCAUGCGCUUCCAACUGGUGUGUCCAGCCCCAGGGAAGGACAGGUGUGAUGUGCAUAUGUGUCAGUCACAAAAGCAGCACAAAAGACGGUGAGCUGUGCUGAAACUGCCUGCUUUGACAACCAAGGUUGUCACUUCCAGAUCCACUUCUAGAACAAAUCUUUCUUUUUUGCCAUCUUCCUGUCAGCUUGACCCAGACUAUUGCUUCUACAGUGCAUAGCCUCUUUGCUGCUGCUGAUGCAGUAAGGAUCAUAGUCCCUGGAAACCUCCUGUCCCCUGGGGCUGCAGGGUGCCAGGUGUCACUGGGGUGGCAGGUGGGGCUCCUGAGGAAUCUGUGCGUGCUAUAGUGGGAGCCUAGGGUUUGUAGGAGAGCCCAAGACUUCAUGGCUAGGGCAGCAAAUCCCUUUUCAAAUGUCUCCUGAGGGAAACAGUGGCAUUUGAACUUGUCAUGCACACACAUGGAUAGUAUCAACUUGUUGCAAGAAAACAAAUCUAGUGCUGGAGGUGGUGCCCCUUUCUGCUCUGCAAGUAAAUUACUCAGUAAAACAAGUUGCAUUGGAGCAUUUGUCCCAUGACCUUUCCCAUUUUCCUUACAUGCCUACAAACUUGAGCCCUUACACUGGGUUCUCUGCUCUUACAAGCAAGAGCUGUUUCACUGCUGCCUGCUGAAGCCUGCUUGCAUUUUCUAACACUCUGGAGAAGGCAGUUACCUAAAUGCCUCCUUUGUACCUCAAGUAUUGGUUGGGGAGGGCAUCUGCUAUGCCAGGUGAGGACAGCUGUGCUGUGUAAGUGCCCUUAAAUCUGAAUUUUCCUGCACUUUUUAUUUCCCUGAUGGAACUUUGCUGCUCUGGCUGCAAGCUCAGGGGCCGUUUGGAUGAAGACCCCUACACUGUACUGUGGUCUGGCAAGCCCUGGAGGGAGCCACAGUGAGCCAUGGGCUGCUGAGGCGGUGCCAUGCUCGGUACUGUGGAUGGUCCUUCCCCCUGUGCAGAGCUGCAGCUGGGGACACAACUGGUAGAGACAUGGACAUCACUGACUGCCAGUCCCUGGGGCUCCAGGCUCUCCUUCACUUCUGGUUCAGCAGCCACUCCUGCACCAUCAGGGGCUGUGCCCCCAGAGCUCUCCUCUCUGGGGCUGGGACAUACAUUUCCUUCAGACACUGCUGAAGGCCACAGGCCUCUCCCACCCCCCUGCCAUGUCCUCAGGCGCUUGGACCCAGCUGCAGGUGCCCACAAGUCUCCUGCCUGCAGCUGGCUCCCCUGUCCCUGAUGCCACGGUGAUGUGCUGAACCCUCAUCAGCUCUGCGGGACAUCCAGCUGCCCUGCUAUGCUUGGGGACCAUCCCCAGCAGCGUUCAGGACACUCCACAGCAGGCAAGGAGCUGGCUGGACAGGUUAGGAGGCACGCAUCCAUCUUUCCUUGGCUCUCCCACUCCAUGCCCCCAGUCAAUAUGUCUCUCUCCGAUGAGAAAGUUAAUAAAUUUAGCUCUAGAUUAAAA